UCUUAAAAAGCUUCCAUACUUGUUUAAUAGCCUAGCUUCAUCCAAAUCCCUUGCAGUCUGCAGAGAAGAUAAAAGACAUGGCUUUGAUCGGAGAGGCUUUUAUCUCUGCUUCCGUCCAAGUGUUGUGCAACAGAAUUACUUCACCCGAGUUCGUUGACUUAUUUCGGCACAAGAAACUCGAUGAGCCACUCCUCAUGAAGCUGAAGACGACACUGUUGACCUUAUACGCAGUUGUGGAUGACGCAGAGGAGAAGCAAAUUAAGAAACCUGCUGUGAGGGAUUGGCUCGACGAGCUCAAACAUGCUGUCUUUGAUGCAGAAGACUUACUGGAUGAGAUCGACACGGAAGCUUUACGAUGCAAGUUCGAAGGUGAAGAUCAAACCGGAAAAUUUACCAACAAGGUGCGGAACUUGCUCUUUUCUUCUCGUAAUCAUUUUUAUCAGAGCAUGAAUGAUAAGAUACAAGAGUUACUAGCAAGGUUAGAAAAUUUCGUACAACUGAAAAAUGCUCUUGGUCAGAGAGAAGAUGCUGGGCGGAAGGUUUCACAAAGAACUCCAACAACUUCCUUGGUUCAUGAACCUUGUGUCUAUGGUAGAGAUGAAGUCAAAGAAAAUUUAUCAAAAGUGUUGCUAUCUGAUGAUGCAAGCAAGGAUGAUGUGUCUGUCCUCACCAUUGUUGGAAUGGGCGGGGUUGGCAAGACAACCCUUGCCCGAUUGCUUUACAAUGACAAGAGGGUGAAAGGUCAUUUUACAUUUCAAGCUUGGGCUUGUGUUUCAGAAGAUUAUGAUGCUAUUAGGAUAACUAAAACUCUUCUUGAGUCAGUCACUUCAAAGCCUUGUAAUACGAUAGAUUUGAAUUUGCUUGAAGUUGAACUAAGAGAACAACUGAGGGGAAGGAAAUUUCUAUUUGUAUUGGAUGACCUAUGGAAUGAGGAUUAUACUGAUUUGAAGUUCCUCCAAACUCCUUUUAUGUCAGGAGCAAGGGGAAGUAAAGUCAUCAUAACAACACGGAACAAAAAUAUAGCAUCCGUCAUGCAAAAUGUUCCUAUUCAAUACUUGGAACCACUGUCACAUGAGGACUGCUGGUUGUUACUUUCAAAACAUGCAUUCGGAAAUGAAAACUGUAGUGCACAUUCAAACUUGGAAGACAUUGGAAAGCAAAUUGCACUCAAGUGCAAAGGGUUGCCUUUAGCUGCACAAACACUUGGGGGUUUGUUACGUUGCAAUAUAGAUUUCGAGUACUGGAGUAGAAUACUAAAUGACAAUUUUUGGGACCAACCCUAUGAUACAACUAACAUUCUUCCAGCUCUAGGGUUGAGUUACCAUUAUCUUCCUGCUCAGUUAAAACGAUGCUUUGCUUAUUGUUCAAUUUUUCCAAAGGAUUUUGAGUUUGAAAAGGAAGAUAUAGUUCAAUUAUGGAUUGCAGAAGGUAUAAUUCCACAAGCUGAGAAUGGAAAAAGGAUGGAAGCAUUGGCUAGAAGAUACUUUGAUGAAUUAUUAUCACGAUCGUUGUUUCAAAAGUCAAGGAAAUUCAGCUUCAUUAUGCAUGAUCUCAUUAAUGACUUGGCUAUGUUCAUGUCUCAGGGGUUUUGCCUUAGGCUCGAAGGUGGGGUAUCUCGUGAAGUUAAAAGAGCUCGUCAUUUGUCAUAUGCUAGGGGAAAAUUUGAUGCUGCUCCAAGAUUUGAACCAUUAUAUGAGGCUACAUGUUUGCGGACCUUCCUACCUACCUCUUUAAAUCCAUAUAGACAUGAAAGAUUUUUUGUAAGUAAAAAAGUUCUACAAGAUUUGUUGCCAUCACUAAGAUGUUUGCGGGUGUUAUCAUUGUCACAUUUUCAAAAUGUGACUGAGUUACCUGAUUCCAUUGCAAACCUCAUUCACUUGCGCUACUUGGAUCUUUCCCAUACCGCAAUUGAAAGGUUACCGAGGGUAGUUUGCAAUCUCUACAACUUGCAAACAUUACUAUUGUCAAAUUGUUACUCUCUCUUUGAAUUGCCUGCAGACAUUAGAAAAUUGAUUAAUUUACAGAAAUUGACGUUGGGAGGUUGUAGCUCUCUUAUUAAAUUGCCUGCAGGCAUGAAGGAGUUGAUUAAUUUGCAUCACCUUGAUGUCAGUGGAACUAAAAUUGAAGAGAUGCCGAUGCAAAUCGAUAGACUGAAAAGUUUGAGAACAUUGACUACGUUUGUUGUGGGCAAAUCUACUGGGUCAGGCAUAAGAGAACUGAGGGAGUUCCCGCAGCUUCGCGGAAAACUAUCAAUUUUGAAGCUACAAAAUGUAGUUGAUGCGAGGGAUGCACUGCAAGCCAAUAUGAAGCACAAGAAAGAUCUCAAGGAGUUAGAGUUUUCAUGGGGUGCAGAGGAUGCUAAUGAUUCCCAAAAGGAGAAAGAUGUACUCGACAAGCUCCAGCCUUGUGUGAAUUUGGAGAAAUUAACCAUCAGAUUCUAUGGUGGAACCAAUUUUCCGAAUUGGUUAGGAGACUUGUCUUUUUCUAACAUACAAGUCGUGCAUCUCAGUGACUGUAGUUAUUGUUGGUCGCUUCCACCAGUUGGGCGGCUACCGGCACUCAAAGAGCUCUGUAUAGAAAGAAUGAAGUUUGUGAAGACGAUUGGCGUUGAAUUCUAUGGUAGAAAUGGAGCUUAUCUGACUCAGCCAUUUCAAUCACUGGAGAAGCUAAGGUUUAGGGAGAUGCCAGAGUGGGAGGAAUGGGUACCAAGUGGAAGUGCAAGUGGAGGUGAAUAUGGUCCAGACUUUCCUCGUCUCCAGGAACUGAUUCUAAACAAUUGUCCGAAACUGAGAGGAAGUUUGCCUUGUGAGCUGCCUUGGUUAAAGAAGCUUAUAGUGUCUCGGUGUGAGGUUUUGCAUGAUGGAAUGGCCAUUACCACAACUACCAAUAGUCUCAACUAUAAAUCUCUUGAAGAAUUGAAAAUAGAAGACAAAGCUCUGUUAUCAUUAUUAGAGACAAAGCUCCUGUCCCGACUUGAGAUUGAAAAUGUUGUUGACGUACAGUGCUUGUCCUACUACAAUCGUCUUCAAAGUUUGACUCUUUCGAAUUGUCCAACGCUGUCAUCGUUUCCUAAAGAUGGCCUACCCAGUACGUUGACAUCACUUAAUAUAAACAAUUGUAGGAAAUUAGAAUUCCUACCUCAUGAGAUGUUGGCCAAAUUAACAUCGCUUGACACUUUGCGUAUAUAUCAAAGCUGUGAUUCAAUGAGGUCCUUCCCGUUGGGCAGUUUUCCCAAAUUGACGGCGCUUAGCAUUUGGGAUUGUGAGAAUCUGGAAUCCCUUUCCAUGAUUGAAGAAGAAGGAGCUGUUGAGAAUCUCAGCCAUCUCAAUUACUUGCAAAUCUAUAAAUGUCCAAAAAUGGUGUGUUUUCACGAGGGAGAAUUGCCCACUCCCAACCUGCGUGUCUUUGAAGUCGGUGAAUGCGAGAAUUUGAAGUCAUUGCCCGAACGCCUUCACACCCUCACAGCCUUUCGAUCUUUGCAUAUACAGAGUCUUCGGAAUCUGGAGUCAUUUGCAGAAGAUGGGGGUUUGCCUCCCAACCUCCGAUAUUUUGGGAUUGUGAAUUGUGAGAGACUGAGGGAUUCAUCAGUGGGAGAGUACUGGGGUUUGCAAACACUUGUCUCCCUUGAAAAAUUUCUUAUCAGUGGAAGUGACCAUGUCUUGGAGACGUUGCUCAAAGAACAGGUGCUCCCUACCACUCUUCACACUCUCCGCAUCUAUUCUUUAUCAACUCUGAAAUCUUUGGACGGAAAAGGUCUUGGACACCUCACUUCUCUUCAAGUGCUAGAAAUUGACAGCUGUCCAAGUCUGGAACUCCUGCCAGGAGAGGAACUUCAACACCUCACUUCUCUUCAAAAUCUAUACAUUUGGAACUGUCCCAGUCUCCAAUGCCUGCCAGAAGAAGGUUUGCCGCCAUCUCUUUCUUAUCUGCGUAUCCUCUUUUGUCCUGCUCUAGAAAAAAGGUAUAAGAAUAAGACGGGACAAGAUUAUGCCAAGAUAUCUCACAUUCCUUGCAUCGAGAUAGGCAACGAAGUGAUCAUAUAAUAUGAGGUAUUCCAUUUUACACUCUCAAAUCAAAGUCAGGUCAGAUAUUCUCUCUCUUCCAAAAACCCAAAUACAUGUUGGACGUUGCCCAAAAAUAUCC